ACCUUGAACUAUUACACCGCCUGGGAAGCUAAAAUGAUAUUCUUCAGUUAAUAUUAAUUGCCUUCAAAUGAAGUUCUCGAAAUGUGUGGAGCUAGCAGAUAUAAUCAGCCGCAGGAGCCGCAAAAAAGCAAAAUGAACGUCAAUAAAGCGACUAGCAAUGUAUUUUAUUCUUGGAACACAUUGACUCGUAUCAGUAUUCGUUCAGGUCUUAAAAUGCGUACCGCCAAACUUUCAUCACGUGAUCUCGUAAUGAUUGCAAAGCGUCAAGGAAUGAAAAAAAAAAAAUCAUAGGGUCACGCAGUGUAAACGUUUCGAAGUCAAAACAACAGUUGUAUGAGGACGGUAUAUACUUGCGGAUGAAACCUUUAGAUUCCAAAUAGACGAAUAACGAAUGGAGAGAAUUCAAGUAAACGUUUUCUUUAUCUGGUUUUUGGCCGGAAUUUGCUGCGUACUUGGAACAGCACCACUGAGAUUGUUGGGUAAAGCAUCUUCUCCGUCAUUAGUACAAGGUAUUUUACAGAUAUACUACAAUGGUCAAUGGGGAACAAUAUGCAGUAACAGCUGGUACUGGGCUGAAACAAACGUAGCAUGCAAACAGCUUGGUUAUGAUGGCGCCAUUACGUACACGCACUUAGGACAAGGACCUGAUCCAAUAUGGCUUGACAGCGUUAACUGUCAUGGUGGGGAAUCAUCGGUAGAUCAGUGCACACACAGAGGAUGGGGAACUCAUGGCUGCGGUCACAGCCAGGAUGUCGGUAUUGUGUGUUAUACAGGUCCUCCUGUCAAAGUUCGACUGAUUGGUGAUGUGCCUAAUGCUGGUCGGGUACAAUUGUUUUACAGGGGUGUCUGGAAAAACCUUUGCGACUCGAAUUGGUAUUCAUCUCAAGCCAAUGUCAUAUGCAGAAUGGCGGGCUAUCCUGAUGGUUAUGCUGUAUACUUUCAUCACUACAAAGGGUCUGGUGACGUGUGGCUCUCCAGUUCUAGCUGUAAUGGCUAUGAACAGUUCAUUGAGUCAUGUACAAACCUUAACUGGGGAAAGGCGACUUGUUCGAAUAACAGCCUUGCCGGUGUUAUUUGUAAAUCAGGUACACCGAAUGUUGCAUUCCGCCUCGUGAGUGCACAAGCUCCUCAUGCAGGACGACUGGAAAUGCGAUAUUAUGGCUCAUGGAAACCGGUGUAUUUUUCGAGCUUAUUUGGAUAUUAUCACUGGAAAGAAAACUCUAAUGUGAUCUGCAGGAUGAUGGGUUACAAUCAGUCCAUUGGCGUCAAUGAGCUUCAAGAAAGUAGUGAAAGUUCUAUAUUUCGUAUCUAUAUCGAUUGCAGUGGGCUUGAGAGCACUGUGGAGCAAUGUUUGUUGUAUCAUGUGUCUGGCAGAAAUUCCCAUUAUAACAGCUGGAUAGCUUGCAAAACAGAUGCAGGAUCUAGAUUCACCGUCCGUUUGAUGGACGGCACAUCUUUGAACGACGGCCGAGUUGAGAUUGGAUAUUCUGGAGUCUGGGGCACAGUUAGUGACAUGUAUAGCUCAUGGAACUUGAAAGCUGCUUACGUAGUUUGUCAUAUGUUAGGAUACCGUAACGCAUCAUGGACUGGUCGAGCCAGAGUGCUAGGAAAAGGUUUUAUCAUGAGGAUUCACAAACAUUGCAAGGGCAACGAAACAUCGCUUGAGUACUGUGAGCAAUACUCGUAUGCUUGGUAUCUUCAUCAUUCCAAUGACGUUGGACUCAGGUGUUCUGGUCAGGAAGAUCCCCUGACAUUAGAGGUACGCCUUGAAAGCGGGGAUGCCACUCCCCAUUCUGGUCGAGUUGGUAUUCGCUAUGGUAAUUCAUGGAGUACUCUAUGCUACCAAGGACUGGACUACCAUGAUGUGAAAGUAAUAUGUCGAAUGCUUGGAUAUGUGGAUGUUGAUCAUGUUUACGCUGUAAUGACACCAAGCUCUGCUGAUGGUCGUGUCUGGCUUAGUGGUGUUGAGUGUAAUGGAACUGAGGCUUCAAUACUGAAUUGCAGUCGCACAGGAUGGUGGCAGACCUCGUGUGACCACGAUGCUGUAGUCACAUGCAAGACGGGCACAACAGCAAUCGACAUUCGUUUAGAAAACAGUAGCACACCACAUUCUGGACGAGUUGGUAUUCUCUAUGAUAGCAAUUGGGGCACUCUUUGCAACAAAGGGCUGAGUACGAACGAUGCUAAAGUGAUCUGUCGCAUGCUUGGCUAUGAUGGAGUAAGUCACGUGUUUACGAUUCCUGGAAAUGGUACCAUUUGGCUUAGUGACCUUGAAUGCAACGGAGCAGAAGAUUCAAUUGUUGACUGUGGACACUCAGGGUGGUGGCAAACGAGAAAUUGUAGUCAUGAUCAGGACGCUGCCGUCACGUGCAAGAUAGCUGAUGCUCCUCAUUUCCAAAUCGAAGCAAAAGACCAGAUUACAUGUUGCACAGUGACUUUGAGCCUAACCAAAACAACUAAGUCAUUUGAUGCCCGUUUGAAAAGUUCGUAUCAAUUUAUAGUGGAAAAGGGUCGAGAAAUGCCAUCCCCUAUCACUUCAACCAACAAUGUAUCUAUAGAGAUAUGCCCCGCCAUCAGCAAGACAGUGUUUAGUGAUGCUUACAUCGCUGCAGAGGUUCCAACAACUCCAAAUAAUGCCAAAAGCUUUAUUAUUGGCGAUGGCCUAAAUUACCGUGGCUACCAUAAUGUACCCCUAGACCCCGGAUGUAUAUAUAGGGUGCAAGUGAGGGUUGUCACCAUGGCAAUGAACAGGAAAAAGGUUUUUGGAAAAUCAAGCUUUGCCAGAUUUACAACAAGACCAAAAAUUGAUCCUCCAGAAUUUGAAGUAACAAGCAGCAUUUCCAUAAAUCAAACAUCAGCGAAAAUAACCUUUAUUGGCAAACAGCAGAACUUACCAAGACCCAACCGAUGGUAUCAAGUUGUCGUCGAAAGGACAUACAAAGAUGUUUUCCAAUCAACAAAAUUCGCAGCGAACCAUUCGUACAUCGCUGCAGAGAUACCAACUACCAGUUCUACCUUCACCAUCGGCGACAAUGCAUAUUACCAUGGUUACAAAAACCCACCAUUAGAGCCCGGAUGUACGUAUAGAGUUUACUUAAAAGUCAUCAUCAUAACAUUGAACGAGAAAAGAGAUAUCAGUGAUGCGACAUUUGUAUCUUUUACAACAAAAUUUGAUGGUAUGCACGCCGAUACACAAGAACGUUCCAAGAAUUCUAGCAACAAAGAGCCAUUGGUGACUGGUUUAUCUGUUGUUAUGGCAAUUACAAUCGUCGCAUUGAUUGUAUACAUUGUUUAUAACGUGGUGACGAAGAAGAGAACAAAGCAAAGGAAUGGCCGCACCGAUAAUAAUCGAACAACGAUGGAAAUCUCAGAUUUAGCAUCGGCACGUGCCAAAAGAGGAGAAAGUUCUGACCAGCAAUACCAGGAACUAAAUUUCCCGCCACAGCAAAACAGAACAAAUGUACUCAGGUUGCCUCACAAUUCUCAGGACAUCUAUCAGUCACUGAGUCCCCAGACAAAGUCUCAGAAUAAUAAUGGUUAUGUUGAAGAACAGCCAUCAUUAGCUUACCAUGUCGCAAAUAUCAGUCGAACGGCAGAGUGUAGUAUAGUAUGAAGAAUAAUGAACUGACCCACUGGAAGAAACCGCACUAUAAAUUUCAGAUGUAAAAAUGAUGUAAGUAAUAUUUCAAUGAUUUUGGACACUUACGGGAUAUUUACAACCUUUGUUAU